AUGAGUGAACAAAGCAGUCCCAGCGAGUCCUGGGACUGUUAUGUCUGCUUUCUAGAGCAGUCACAUUGCGGUUCCAGAGCAGUUCCACAGCAGUCUAAGAGAGUCCUUAAAGCAGUGCCAGGACUGCUUUCUGGGACUGCUUUAGUAUCAGUUUUAAUGCAUUGCCUAUCGAUGACUAUGUCUUCUCGAUGCAAAAAACCUUAUAUUUUGCUUUGGACGGAAAAAGCUGUGUUACUUGUGCUAUGGACGUGUGGUGACGUAGAAGUAAAUCCAGGUCCGACUGAAAACACGUCUACAACAUCAAGAUCGCAGAUUUUGCGCAGCUUUAGAAGACGCUCUCAGAAAGAUUUGGUGAAACUGAUAUACCAACAUGCUGGCGAAGAAAUACCAAAAGAGAUCUUUAAACACCAUCCACCUGGAUGGGGUGAUUAUAAACCGGAAAUUGAGUUUGGGAACAUAUCAAAUCUUCCAACCGGAAGUUCAUGCAACUUAGGAUCGAAAGAGGAUAACAUUUUCAGCAAGAUUAUACAUAUCCUACAGAACAAAACCUAUGUGCCUUUAUCACCGGAAUGGGAGAGCCUGUUAAGACACUACAACAAUCUUAAUACCAAAAUUAAGCAGGAAGAAAGUAAAAAAGCAAUUAUAAGGUGGUUGCAUGAGAAGAAACUGACUACGACGUUACAAGCAUAUGCUGAGGAAGUUGAAGAUCCAUCAGUGGAGAUAUGGAGGGCAUGUUUAGCCAUCGUCCAGAAGUCAUCCAACAAGGAGCCAUCCUUAGGUAUUCAAGUUACCAAGCAAUACGACUACAAUGAUUUGAAAACAUAUCCAAACAUACACGCAGAAUACAAAAUAUCACAUGAAAAAAGCACAAGCAAAGAUAUACACAACGAACAUUUACUGAAAAAUCAAGAAGAGCGUGCCCCAGAAGGUGCAGAACGUUCAGAUCAAGAGUACUUGGAGGAUCAAAGUGCAAAAUUAAAAGUCUGUCGUCAGAGGAAAAGGAGGAGACAUUCCAAUGAAAACACAUUGGCUCCUGCUAACAAAAUGGUUAAAAGAACUGGGACAGAUCUUGUGGAAUGUCAGAGGAAUCCUGAUGGACUCAAUUUAUCGAAUUUGGAAGAAAAUGAAAAUUACCCUGUAGUAAAUGCUGAUCCUGAACUUUUAAUGACUCUCCUUGACAACAUUUUUUCAAGCGAAAAUUCUCUUGUUGAAAAAGACUUGCUUCACCAAGAAUCGUUACAAAUGGAUAUUUUAGAGGUAUUUUUUAUUCAUAGAUUGGCCUGUGCAUAG